CUCAUGGAUGGAGGCGCAAGGAAACUGCUCGAGACCGUCACUUUCGAGACUCUUCAUGCCAACAACUUCUCUCGCUCGUCAACACAGGCCAGCCAGGUCCUCACAGAUCUCCUUGUGCGCUAUCUCGCGCUCCUGACGACUACAUGCGCCAAGUACGCACAACACGCCGGCAGGCUCAGUCUCUCCGUUCGCGACGCGGUCUCUGCGCUCGACGAACUCGGUGUCGGUGUGGACGAACUCAGUCAAUACUACGCGACAGAUGGGAGGGAUCUAUCGCGGUAUGCCAUCCACACAGCGAGGAGAAUGGAAGACCUGGGCGAAUUCAGAGCCGCGCUCGCGACUGGCCUACGGGUAGACCGCGACGACGCGAUAUCAUUGUUCUACGGACGCGUUCCCAGCCCAAUGUUAUCAGAAGAAGAGUAUGAGGAUGAAGAGUUGGGUGAGAGCGAGGAGGACAAGGAACAGGAGGAAUCGACGGAGGCCCCUGAAUUAUCAUCUGAAGGUCGUACACAGGAAGACGCGAUGUCAUUGAAACGCAAAGCUGAUGACUCUACAAUACCGCCACUCUCAUCACCGAAAUUACCACCGUCUCCAAUUUCCAACCCUUCUACCCCUCCUCGCAAACGACCACGAACAGCCAGCUGGAGACCGCCAUCAUAUGUGCCUGACCAUCUUCCUCCUUUCCCCACCAACUCUCCUGCACAUUCUCCUUCGCCUGCGCCACUUGAUCUUGCUGUGGUCCCGAAUCCCAUCAAGGUCGAACGCCUUGCGACGCCGCCUCCUUCGCAGAUAACGCAGUCUGCAUCAUCCGCUGAUUACCUCACUACUGUCCCAUAUGAGCAAUCCACACUUGCUUCGUUGCCAUCGUGGCAUCUCCCAACCACGCCUUCUAGCCCUCCUACGAAUGGUAUGCAAACUCAGUCACGCUUGCCGACGCCACAAGUCCAGCCUGCCCUUCUGGGAGCAUACCACCAUGUCUUAACGCAUCCGCCGCCACCGCUGGUCACCUCUGUCAAUCCUGCACGAUACAGAGUCGCGCUCGGAUUCCUAGCGCAGGCAGAAGCCCAACCACGGUGGGAUCCCACGCCGUCAUUAUUCUCAACAACAGCUCCGAAUGUCCCACGUGUCGCCGCGAUGGGUCCUUCAUUCCCAGUGCAGGUGUCGAAAGGGCCGCCGACACCGACUGAAGUGAAGAACGAAGAAGACAAGAAGUCCAACCUUCCCUUCACGCCGCCUAAACCUGUGGCCUCCACAGAGCGUAUCACUCCUCUUCUCAGCUUGCAGACGUCACGGAUACCGACUUUGGCCCGCCAGGUGCUAUCGGGACCUGUAUAUUCCCGCGUAACGCGCCUGACACAUCCGCCUGUUCUGCAACGCGGCACCCAGCGGCUCGUAUAUGGGCCUGGGGUCAGCGCACCGUGGAACACCAAUGCGCCGCCAACACCACCUGCCCCGCCGAAUGCGGGAAAGGGGAAGGAGGGCGUGAACGGCGUGUCGAAGGAUGCAGAAACGCCUUCAAAGCCGCUUCCGGACGCACGACUGUAUGCCACGUGGGACUACGAGCAGAAGCGGUUCCACGAGCCUCUCAUCGUGCGGAGGGGUAGAGGGAGUGUACAGGCGGGGGUGAACAUGCCGCCUCUAAGGAGCAGAGGCGAGAGCAGGACGAGCUGAAUUUGGACGAGAGACAGACUGUUCAUUCGUGAUCGGAGCAUUGUUAUCGAUAUCAUUGCUGUUGU